UACAAAUGGCACACAAUGAUACAGUUCAAAUUCUCUGGUUUCUCUGCAGGGUCUGCUGGCUCUAGAAGGGGAGUUGACUCCAAUCCUGGUUCAGAUGGUGAAGAGUGCCAACAUGAACGGACUGCUGGACAGCGACAGCGACUCUCUGACGGACUGCCAACAGAAGGUGAAGGCAAGGCUGCAUGAAAUCAUGCAGAAGGGCCAGGAGUUUACACAGGACGACUAUCAGAAGUUGGCACCAACUGGCAGCCCAUCGCUGGUGAACUCAAUGAAGGUCAUACAGGAUCCAGUCAAAACCUGUGAUAAGGUGUACGCCCUCAUCCAGAGUCUCAAUUCACAGAUCCGCAAGAGACUGGAAGACCCCAAGUCUGCAGACCUUCAGCUUUACCACAGCGAGACGUUGGAGCUGAUGCUGCAGCGCUGGUCCAAACUGGAGAGAGACUUUCGCAUGAAGAACGGUCGCUACGACAUCAGCAAGAUUCCGGACAUCUACGAUUGUAUCAAAUACGACUCGCAGCACAACGCCUCACUUGGGCUGGAGGACACGCUGGAGCUGUUCAGACUGUCCCGUGCCCUGGCUGACAUAGUCAUACCACAGGAGUACGGCAUCACCAAAGACGAGAAACUGGACAUCGCUCAGGCUUACUGUGUUCCUUUGAAAAAAAUCCAGCUGGAUCUGCAGAGGACCCAUGAGGACGAGGCUGUUAACAAGCUGCACCCUCUGUAUUCUCGUGGCGUAAUGUCUCCUGGCCGCCAUGUCCGCACACGACUCUACUUCACCAGUGAGAGCCAUGUCCACUCCCUGCUCAGCGUCCGAUAUGGAGGACUGCUGGAUGAUGAGAAGGACCAGCAGUGGAAACAGGCCAUGGACUACCUGAGUGCUGUGACUGAACUCAACUACAUGACACAGAUAGUCAUUAUGCUGUAUGAAGACAACAAUAAGGAGCCCUCCUCAGAGGAGCGUUUCCAUGUUGAGCUUCACUUCAGUCCAGGAGUCAAAGGGUGUGAAGAUGAGGAGAAUGUACCUCUUGGCUUCGGCUUCCGCCCAGCCUUCUCAGAGAAUCAAGACAAAAAGACUAAUCAAGGCAGUCUGGAAGACCUUUCCCAGGACCAGCCAGACCAGGCACUUCCCCUCUCUGAGCCAAUCAACAUCCAGCGAAGGUCCCCCAUGAUCCGCAACCGCAAGACCGGCUCAAUGGAGGUCCUUUCUGAAACCUCUCCGACCCAGUCCUCCAAAGGCUCCACAUCUCACCGACUCUUCCCCUCAUGUUCGCGCCAGUCACCUGAGAUCAAACCGGCCAGUGGCCUAGGGUCGCUCUGCUCUGGCCUCUUCAGUGCCUCCGCCCUUGGGGUGUCCUGUAGUGCCCCCAACCUGCGAGACUACGUACGCACACACCACCACCUCCACCGAAAACCACCUCUGUCCCCUGGCAGUCUGCCAUGCCAGAUUAGCACGUUUGAGCUGUUCUCUAUGCCACCAGUAAAGAGAUUUUCUGUGUCGUUUGCCAGGCAUCCGACUAAUGGGUUUGAAGGCUGCUCCAUGGUGCCCUCUAUCUACCCACUGGAGACACUGCACAACUCGCUCUCACUGAAGCAGGUGGACGAAUUCCUCAACACGGUGUGUGCGAGCAGCAGCGAUGCCCACACCAAAACCAUGAAAGCGCUGUCCAGCUUGUUUGACUCUCAGAGCCAGACAUCUCUCUACAGCCCUCAGCAGCCACUGCCUCCUCCGGAUCUGAAGCAUCUCUUCAGCCACCAAGCCAGCCUCUAUGGCAUGGCAGUAUCCCCUCCAGUGCUGUAUCCAGUGCAGGCCCCUCCUCCCCAAUCACAGAGCUCCGGCGUGAACUUCAGCUUUAGUGAGUAGAGACUCUGUCUGAAAAAA